CCCCGCUAUCAAACCUCACUAAAAUUUUAGAAAGCCGCAAUCGACAGAUUCAGGUUUAAAAACAAUAAACGCGACUGUGGAAAUCUUCAGUCAGUUUUCAGAAUGGCGAAGAACAGGCGGAACAGUGAGCCGGGCACAGGCCUUGGGAUUCGACAUCUGCAAUGCUUCUUUCUAUUCGCCGGCUUAUCUGUUGCCUAUGCCUUACGUGUUAAUUUAUCUGUAGCCAUUGUUGCGAUGACUGACAAAAAUGCUACAAAUCCAGAAUUCGAGGAGUACGAGUGGGACGAGAAGACCAAAUCUUUCAUCCUAAGCAGCUUCUUCUGGGGCUAUGUAGUCACUCAACUGCCAGCGGGACAGAUUGCUCACCACUUUGGAGCCAAACUGCCCAUGUUGUUCGGUGUGACAAUUUGUUCAUUCCUGACAAUUCUGACUCCGUGGUGCGCAGCUCUUGGAGGUUGGAAAAUGGUGUGUGCUUCACGUUUUGUUCAAGGUCUUUGCCAAGGCGCCAUGUAUCCUUGCACACACGCUCUACUCUCCAAAUGGGCCCCGCCUGACGAGCGAGGCAAAUUGAAUACAAUUUGCUAUUCAGGAUGCCAGUUUGGAACAGUAAUCAUGCUGGCGGCAAGUGGAGUUAUUGCAUCGUCCUGGCUAGGUUGGCCCGGGAUAUAUUACAUUUCUGGAGGAUUCGGACUCGUCUGGGCUUUGUUUUGGUUUUUCUUUGGAGCCAGCACCCCGUCCCAGUACAAAGCCAUUUCGCCGGAAGAACGUGAGUUCAUUGAGAACUCGAUAGACGAGAAGAAGGACGAUUCAGAGCAAUUACACAGGACUCCAUGGCGGGAAUUCUUCACGUCGGUCCCCUUCAUAGCUCUUAUAUUUGUGCAUUCCUGCCACGUUUGGGGAUUCUGGACACUGCUGACGGAAAUACCUUCCUACAUGAGCAAAAUUCUUGGGAUGAACAUCAAAAGCAACGCCCUGUUAUCGGCCCUACCGUAUACUGUGAUGUGGCUCCUGAGCUACGUCUUCUGUGGAAUAUCCGAUGUUUUAUCCAAAAAAAAGUUGAUUUCGUUAACCUUCAGCCGACGCAUGUUCAACACAAUAGGAUUGUGGUUACCAGCGGCGGCAUUGAUUGGGAUGGGCUACGCUACCAAGGAAACCACGAACCUGGCAAUUGGAUUGCUGGUGGUCGCAGUCGGGGUGAACAGUGCCGUUUACUUGGGAUACUUAGUCAAUCACAUCGACCUCUCUCCCAACUUCGCCGGCACAUUAAUGGGCAUCAGCAACGGCUUCGCAAAUAUUAUGAGCCUACUCGGACCACUCGCAGUUGGCGUGAUAGUGACAAAUGAGCGAGAUCCCGCACAAUGGAGGAUUGUGUUCUUCAUAUCGGCUGGAGCUUAUUUUGCAGGCAAUCUUCUGUGGUGCAUUUUCGGGAAAACAAAAGUACAGCCUUGGAAUACACCGCAAAGCACUAACAGGAGAGAAGAAAAUGGCUACACAAUGGUGGAUCCUGAAAAGCCAGUGUAGUGAACAUAAAAUAAAACUUUAGCAAUUGUACCUGUUGCAUUAUAGUAACGGGUGUGAUGUAUAAUUUAUUCAGUAUAUGCGUAUAUAGUCAUAUAAAUAUAAAAUUUAAGACUCAAUA